AUGUCCGGUGAAGCGUGGCUCUACCUGUUGGCGGUGUUGAUCAACGCCGUCAACUUGUUCUUGCAGGUGUUUUUCACGAUUAUGUACAGCGAUCUUGAAUGCGAUUACAUCAACCCUAUCGACCUCUGCAACCGUCUCAACGCCUACAUUGUGCCCGAAGCUGCCGUUCAUGGAUUCUUGACCUUCCUCUUCGUGAUCAAUGGCUACUGGCUGGCGAUCGUGCUGAACCUGCCUCUGUUGGCCUUCAACGCCAAGAAGAUUUACGAUAACCAGCACUUGCUGGAUGCGACCGAGAUCUUCCGCAAGCUCAAUGUGCACAAGAAGGAAUCCUUCAUCAAACUGGGUUUCCACCUGUUGAUGUUCUUCUUCUACCUGUACAGCAUGAUUGUCGCCCUGAUCCGCGACGAAUCCCACUGA